GGUUGGCUUCUGGCUUGGGUUGGCUUUGGCUACUAAAAAAUGGCAGACGACGAGCAUGAAACUAAUGGUGAUUCUGAUGAAGCCAACCAAAAUAAUGAUGAAGCUGCCCAGAAGAAAGCAGCUCGUUUCGAUAAUGCCACUGCCGGGGAUUUAGAAAAGAUUACUGACUAUGCUGAAGAAAAGGAAAUUAUAUCCACGGAUGAAUUUCAAGGUGCUAUGACUAUCAUUGGGGAUCAAAGAAAUAAGGAGAUAGCAGAAAAAAUGGCCAAAGAAAAGGAGUUGCUCAAAGUCAUCAUAAAGAAAGAAGAUGUAGAUUUAAUCGUAAAAGAAACAUUGAUUUCACAAAGUUUGGCUGAGCGCACGUUAAGAGAACACUGUGGAAAUGUUGUCAACGCUCUAAUCGCACUGACAGAAUAGACUUAUGUACAUUGUUUUCUUUUAUACCUCACUGUAUGUAAUAUUGUUUUGGUCCAAUUAAAUUAAUUGAAUG